GUGUGUAUGUGUUUGUGUGUGUAAGUGUGCAUGGCUGUGUGUAGAUGUGUGUUUAUGUGAACAAGAAGCAAAGAGAUUGAGAAGAAGGACAGGGGUCCUGGGUGUGUGCAAAAGGCAUGGGACAAGUGAGGUGGGUUUUGGGAGUGGAUGGUUUCUAGUCAGGGUUUGUUUACGGUGGGAGGCUGCUCCAUCCAAGUCAUUCCCAAACCACUCUAGAUGUCUAUCUGAGAAAGAGAGGGGUCCCAGUAUGUGGUUUGCCCUGCUGUGCAUUUGGCCCUCUCUGAAAUACCACACUUUCACCACCCUUCCCUGGACCUCCUGUCUCUGAGCCACGGAGCCGGGCCCACAGCCUCCGCUAUGCACCCUCAAGUCUCUCCCUGGCACUGACCCUGGAUUCCCAUCCUCUCUGACUAGAGAACUGAAUCCCCCUCACAGCUUUUAGUUUACCGUCUUCCUUCUUAUGGCCAAGCUGGUUGCUGUGGAGAUGAGAUUGCUCACCCUCUCCAUCCCGGCUGGCCUGUCCCUUAGACCUAGGAUGCUCUUGGCAUCCCUCUCCCCACCCUCCAGCAUGUCCUCCCUGCUCUGACAACAGGUGUGCAAAAUGGGGCAGCUGCAAUCCAGCAGGCCUGCCCACUCCUUCAGUUCAGGUAAUACCUUCAUAAAUCUUCCAGCCCUUGGUUAGGGUCCUGGGCACUCCAGGCAGCUCCUUGCUUAAGCCAGGACUUCUCCUCUUAUAGCAGCAAGGGAGUCCUGGGCCUCCACGCUGGGCUCAUUUUUAGGCUCCUUGUCUCCCAGCACCUGCUUUUGGGAAAGCGACUUUUCCUCUUUGAGCUGAACCACUCUGUCCAUAUUACACAGAAGCCAUAUUUGUACCAGGCGGGGCGGGGAGGGGGGACGGGGCCGUUGUGCUGUGUGUGUCUGUCCGUGGGCAGGGGUGGGGGAAGGGAGCAGGGAAGGGAUCGUGUAUCUUUAUAAUCUUUCUAACUCUCCUGUGCUAAUCUCAGAGGGACCACCCUCAAUAUAUCUGGAUUAUCCAUGUGGUCAGGCUGCCUCCUUUCUGCUACUCUCACUGCUGGCUGGGCUGCAUGCAAAUGAGGACUGUCCUCAUGUCCCUGGCACCUGCCACUCAAAGGAUACUGCCUCUUUGCCAUGCCACUCUCUGGAGCACCUGUGAGUGGGGUCAAGGGAGAGUGUCUGAGUCUUUUGCUUUCUGAAGUACAUUUGCAUUUAAAGCGUGUCAUCCAACUGCUACCCUGUUACCCUCUGUCCAGCAAGGCUGACCAACACAGGGGUGGAGGUGAAAACUCCACCCACACCAUCCAGGAAGUAGAGCUUCACCAUUUUUUACCAGAUUCCCUUUCUAUCUCCCUCCUGUUAAACCUGAAAAUUGACCUUAGUAAUCAAUUCUUCUGAAGCUCAGUCUGAGAGGCUUAAUGGGAAGCUACAUAUGGGAGCACGUAUCCUGUAUUUCUCCUGGCCAGAGAAACGCCAGUUCUACCUUCCAUCAAAAACUUUACGUAUUGCUAAGAUGCCAAGCUAAUGAAGUAUUCUUACAGCCUGUGUGUCUCACAACAGAAUAUGAAUAGAGAUUACCCAGUGGGCUAUAGUCUCACAUUAAAGUAUGCUAUCCCGUGAUCCCCCUGAGACUAUUUUGAUGUGUCAGACCAUGUGUUCUGCCUGGUGUGAGAGAUGCAUUCAUUGAGUCCAUAGGUGGUGAGGCAAAUGCUCAAUUGCUCCCUGAAGGAGAGUCCUUAAAGAGCCUUGACAGGCCUCCAGUCUUCUGUCCCUCUUACCUCUAGAUAAGAAUGCGCACACCCAGGCACCACCCAGCACCUAGGACACAGAUGGGAGCACACUGAUACCCAACACAAGCAUACAGAUAAAUAGGUGUGUUCCUCUGCCACACACAAAAGGCCUUCAGUUAAAUGCAUAUUCUCAGUCUGGACAGAACCAACAGCAAAUACCAUUAUCAUGACUUCUCCCAAACAAGGGAACUUUUGAACUUUUUCCUUGGAUGUCAUUCAAAGGAAUUGAGAACACAGAGAGUCAUCAGAUUCCUGGUCACUCCAACUUCCCAGCACUUCUCUCUCUUAUCUCUGCUUCACAAGUCACCCCUGGCCCCUCAUCCUUCCCUUUCUGGAAAAAGCCUUGAUUUCUACCUUGCCUCCUUUGGGGAAAUUCUCCCCUUUGUGGACCUCACCAUGUUCUUUUCCUGAGGCCAUUCUGACCAGCCAGAUCCAACUUCAAAACAGGAAGCUCUGUGACAGAGUGCUAUAUGAACCCAAGUAGGAAGUAGGUGUGACACCCCCCCCCCCACACACACACCCAGGCACUGCCCAGAACUUGAGAGCAUUCUUUAGCCCUGGGUACUUAUCUUGGAGCCACCGCUGCUGACAGAGAGUCCGGGCCCUGUACUCUGCCUUCCCUGAACCUGCAGUGCCAUGGGGAACUGUCUGCACCCACAGCAGGUGGACACGAGUGAACUUCAGUUUAUUUUGGAGAACUGGAAUUAUACGGCUGAGGAUAACUUCUCCUAUGAAAAUCUGGAUUACUACAGCGUGGUGGGAGCUGCUCCCUGCCACUCCUGCAACCUGCUUGAGAAGUUUUCACUGCCCUUCUUCAUCCUCGCCAGUGUCUUAGGCAUGCUGGCAAGCGGUGUGGUCCUCUUCGCAAUUCUCAAACCCCUCUUUCACUGGCAGAUCUGCCACAGCCGGCCCAUUCUGGCACAGUUGGCAGUAGGCAGUGCCCUCUUCAGUGAUGCGGUGCUCAUCCUGACACCAGGCUUAAACACUGCCCAGAGCACAGCCCUGUGUGGCCUGGGCUACUGGGUCUGGUAUACUUCAGCUUUUGCCCAGGCUCUGCUGAUUGGAUGCUAUGCAUGCCUGAACCCCAAUCUGAGCAUGGGUCAAAUUCCUGGCCUCACCUUGGGACUUACUGUGGGACUUUGGGGAACAGCUGGUCUCUUAGGGCUACCAGUCACCCUGGCCAGUGAUGUUUACAAUGGUGUCUGCACCCUUCCGUCCAGUAGGGACCUGAAAGCUUUGAAGUACACACAUUCUGCGAUCUGCUUUAUCAUCUUCAAUGUAUUGCCUCUGGCCCUUUUGGUAGCCAAGGGGCUGAAGAAGUCACUGAACAAGGGUCUAGGCCCCUGGGUUAGUGUCCUGUGGUUCUGGUUCAUUUUCUGGUGGCCUCACGGCAUAGUUCUCAUAUUUGAUACUUUGGUGAGGUCCAAAAUCAUACUUUUGCAAUCGUGUCCAUCCCAGCAGAUUCUUGAUGCAAUUUCGGACCUGGCAGAAGCACUGUCUGUAUUACACUGUGUGGCUACACCCCUGCUCCUGGCGCUGUUCUGCUACCAGACCACCCGUAAAUCUUUGCCCUCUCUGUCUCUCCCCACAAGACAGUCUUCUCAUGUGGAGGUCUUUGUGGGCAAAUCCUAGUUCCUCACCCACAUGUCAACUUAAAUUAAAGUCUAUACUGCUUUUAUGAA